CCCAUGGUCACCCACAGCUUUUGCUAGAACUCCCUCCUCCUCUUCACUCCACUGUCUCCUGGACUCACACCAACGCAAACUCGGCUCCUGAGCAUUGGUAGAAAAAUUGCUGCGAUUUGGAGAGGAAGACUGGACUCGGGAUCCUCCCAGGGCCUUGAAAGUUCAGCUCCAACCUGAGACAAUAGAGUGAGUACCUAAUUCCAUCUCAACGCAACCGAGGGGAGGUUGUCAUGAAAAGUUUCUCUUUCACGUCAGGAGAUUUGGUCAACAAAGAAAUGCUAGGGAGGUGGAAGACAUAUUGGAAGGAAGAAAGGAAGGAAAGAAGCCCUGGAGAUAAAACUAAAAGUGAACACUGCUUCACUUGGGUUCUGGGAUGAGUUCUGGACCUCUCCCCAGGAUGAAACUUCAGAUAUUUUGGGUGAUUUUUUGAAGACCACAAUAACAAAGGUGCAUUCUCAAGUAGAAAAGUUUGGAUUAGAUAAAAAAUGAAUCUCAUCCAACACUCACACUUACCUGCUGCGGAUGAAUUUUCUCUUUCUGACAAUUUAUUUGGCGUACUAACAGAGCCAACAACAGGUCCUCUGGGGCAGAAUCUAGAAGUGGAACCAUACUCACAAUACAACAACAUCCAGUUUCCUCAAGUUCAACCACAGAUUUCCUCAUCAUCCUAUUAUUCCAGCCUGAAUUUCUACCCCCAGCAGCCUGAAGAGUGGUACUCUCCUGGGAUAUAUGAACUCAAGCCACUGCCCACCGAGACCCUCUACCAGGGAGAGACUGAGGUAGCUGAGAUUCCUGUGACAAAGAAGGCUCGAAUGGGCAUGUCCGCGGGGAGAAUCAAAGGAGAUGAGCUCUGUGUUGUUUGUGGAGACAGAGCAUCCGGAUACCAUUAUAACGCGCUGACCUGUGAGGGGUGCAAAGGUUUCUUCAGGAGAAGCAUCACCAAAAAUGCCGUGUACAAGUGUAAAAACGGAGGCAACUGUGUGAUGGACAUGUACAUGCGAAGGAAGUGCCAGGAGUGUCGACUAAGGAAAUGCAAAGAGAUGGGAAUGUUGGCUGAAUGUAUGUAUAGAGGCUUGUUAACUGAAAUUCAGUGUAAAUCCAAACGACUGAGAAAAAACGUGAAGCAGCACGCAGAUCAGAGUGUUAAUGAAGACAGCGAAGGGCGUGACCUGCGACAAGUGACCUCGACCACGAAGUCAUGCAGGGAGAAAACUGAACUCACCCUGGAUCAACAGAAUCUUCUACAUUAUAUUAUGGAUUCAUAUAGCAAACAGAGGAUGCCUCAGGAAAUCACAAAUAAAAUUUUAAAAGAAGAAUUCAGUGCAGAAGAAAAUUUUCUCAUUUUAACUGAAAUGGCUACCAGUCAUGUACAGAUUCUUGUAGAAUUCACAAAAAAGCUACCAGGAUUUCAGACGUUGGACCAUGAAGAUCAGAUUGCUCUGCUGAAAGGGUCUGCAGUUGAAGCUAUGUUCCUCCGGUCAGCUGAGAUUUUCAAUAAGAAACUUCCAGCUGGACAUGCUGACCUAUUGGAAGAGAGAAUCCGGAAGAGUGGUAUUUCUGAUGAAUAUAUAACACCGAUGUUUAGUUUUUACAAAAGUGUGGCAGAAUUGAAAAUGACUCAAGAAGAGUAUGCACUGCUUACAGCCAUUGUUAUUCUCUCUCCAGACAGACAAUACAUAAAGGACAGAGAGGCCGUAGAGAAGCUUCAGGAACCUCUGCUGGACGUGCUGCAGAAGCUGUGCAAGAUCCACCAGCCGGAGAACCCCCAGCAUUUCGCCUGUCUCCUGGGCCGCCUGACAGAGCUGCGGACGUUCAACCACCACCACGCCGAGAUGCUGAUGUCCUGGCGGGUCAAUGACCACAAGUUCACCCCGCUCCUCUGCGAGAUCUGGGAUGUGCAGUGAGGGGCACCGGGGGCGGGCCUGCCCUCCGUGUUCCUCUUGUCCUAAAGCCCAUGGGAAACUUGGCCUUUAUUUCUUGGUUUCACCCAAGAAUUUUGACAAAUAUUUAUGCAGUAAUUAUGUAACUUCCACGACUGUAAAUACGGGGCUCGGUAGAAUGGCUUUCUCUCCUUGUUAUUUUACACGGCUUCAGGGAAUCUUCUUUGAAUUGGCAUGCCCUGUUUGCCUAACUAAAUUUGUUGA